CCCUCACGGUGACGUCUGUACACGGAAGCAAAACAGUGGCGCUCGUGUUCACUACUUUAUGUGUGUGUCAGUUGAUUUCCGUCAUUAAAUCCUCCACCAGGCGGCAAAUAUGUCCGCGGCUCCUGCUGAAGACUUGGUGAAGCGGUGGGAGAGUGAGCAGGCCCGUCUCAGGCAGGAGGUGGUGGAGGAGGACACAGAGGACUGGCAGAGGAGUGCGGACUUCUCGGGUCUGGAGAGGGUCGGAGGAGUGGACCUUUCCUUCAUCAAAGGGGAUGACGUCAACGCCUGCGCCCAGCUCGUGGUGCUCAGCUACCCCGACCUGGAGGUGCUGUAUGAGGACAGUCAGAUGGUGACCCUGACAGCCCCCUACAUAGCUGGCUUCCUGGCUUUUAGAGAAACCCCCUUCCUCCUGGAUGCUAUCCAGCGGCUGGAGAAGAACCAGCCCGAACUUCUGCCUCAAGUGGUGUUUGUGGAUGGAAACGGCCUCUUCCACUACAGAGAGUUCGGCCUGGCGUGUCAUCUCGGAGUGCUGUCAGGGCUGCCAUGUGUGGGCGUGGCCAAGAACCUGCUGCAGGUGCAGGGUGUGUACAAGAAUGAUGAGCACCAGUCACAGAUAGCUGCUCUGCAGAAAGGAGGAGACAGCUUCCCACUCACAGCCGCCUCAGGCAAAGUGCUCGGAAAGGCAUUGAGAAGCUCCGACAAGAGCUCCAAGCCAGUGUAUGUGUCCAUUGGCCACAAGAUCAGUGUGGACACAGCUGUACGCCUCACGCACACCUGCUGCCGCUACCGGGUCCCAGAGCCCAUCAGACAGGCCGACUGCCGCUCCAGAGAAUACCUUCGCAUACACUUCCCAGCUGCAGAUACAUGAAUCAAAGAAUGAGAAGGGUGUGGAGGGGGCAGAGGUGAGCCAAGGACGCCUGAGGUUAAGCAGAGAUGCACUGGCAGAAGGAGAGAAGGAACGAUGAGGAGAGAAAAAGCCUUUGAUGCUGUGAUUCUCAUCUGAAAUAACAGGCAGCACUGCUCAGUUCGACCCUACCUUCCUCAUUACCGAUCAAAGACGCAGACCGUUGGCAUAUUCAGAUGUUUCGAAAACUCAGUCAUCAUUCACUCUCACCCUCCAAAUCCAAGUAUUUUCAAACGUGCACAGAAUCGAACACUCAGGAACGAAGGGCAGCAGCUCGUGUGUGAGCCCACACUCACAGGUUUGUUCACAGUUGCUCACACGCAGGCACACGAGGGUGUGUGCACUCUCACAUCCCUCAGCGUACCCCACUGGGACACAUAAUGGGAUGUCCGUGUUCAUCCGCUCAGAAGCUCCCUGACGUGGUGAAUCCUCUGAGCGCGCCCCGCUCUUUGAUCAGCCUCUCUACAAAGAGACUGAGACAGGGAGAGAGGCUUUGUGCUGAGUAGGCAGGGAUGUAGAAGGUUCCUCCAGGCCUUAACCCAGCUUUACCCUCUCACUCUCAACGGGCCGCAGGCACAUUCUGCAGCUACAGCUGGUGAGCUAUACACUUCAGGCAUGUGAUCCCUUAAUUUACAUCAUAGCAGGACUAUAUUUGUAUCCGUGCAUCAUUAUCACAAAGAGAGUUUGCUGAACAUUUGGCAGGAACAUAGUUGAUAAGGUAGGUUUGUCUGUUAGCAAGAUAUCCCAAAAAUGACUCCUUACAUUUCAAUGACAUUCAGUGUAAAGUAUAAUGCCAUGGGCCAAAGAGGAUCUCAUUAGGUUUUGAUCCAGGUAGUAGCAACAUGUAUUCAUUUACGAAGCGCUUUAUGUUUUGACUUGUAACGCCUGAACCCUGCUCCAAGUCAGCUUUUAUUUUAGGUUCAGAAAGAGACAAUAUGGUUUUAGGUAUCAGGUGCCAGAUCCAAGUUAAUUCAGACUGCUGUUGGUCAUAUCAUGGUUAUUUUAACAAGCUGUGCAUUUUGGCACAGAGAGCUUGCUAAAAAAAAGCUCUGGUUUUAUGUUCAGGUUUUGUUUUUUGGGGGC